AUGAACGCCGACUUGAAGGAUGCGUUUUCGCGCAUCAAACCAGUGUGCGAUGUUCUCAUGGUGUGCCCGACCGAAGAUAGCAUUGCUGCGUACCUGAGGCGGGUUGCAGAGCUGAAGAAAGAAGUGAUCCAGGAGCUUCAGCAGUACCUACUGUUCCCACUCAUCACCCACUUGAAGUCCACUGAAACUGAGAAGAAACAUGAACUCCAACAGAAGCUGGUGGAUUGUAUGAGAACUGUGUUGGAGAAGGUGACAGUGAACAGUUUCGAAAUGUGCAUGAAGAUGGAAAUAGGGCUGCUGCAAAUUGUAUUUGAUCACACUAAACCUGGAAUGGUAGCAGACGUCCCUGAAGAACUGAAAUGCAGUGUGAUGACUUGUCUGACGGUUUUGCUGUUGAAUGUGGAUCCCAAGUAUAGGGAGGUGAUGUUGAAGGCCCAUGUACCAUUGCUAGGCAAGGCUGUCUACGUGUCUGUGCAUCUUGCCAAGUUGGAGAGGCUUAGGGCACUCAGAUUAGCUGCAAUACAAUGCGUAACCGCACAUACAGCGACUCAUCCGAAGCUGACCACUGACUACCAUAUCACAGACCCUCUUCAAGAGAAGCUGGUGGUAGACAUGUUGUCUCUCAUCCUCCCUGGAGUCAUGGGAGCGCUGCAAGAUGUCGCCACUUGUAAAGAUAAUCCUGGACAUGCAUUAAUUGUGACAGCGAUAGACGCGAUGCAUCGAAUAUUAUGUCUGGCUAUGAACAAUAAAUACAUGAACCAUGCCACUGAGCCGACUGCCGAAGACUUUAUGAAAGUGUACCGACAGAAAGGAGACAAAGAAGUAAGCAAUAAGGUGGAUCCAAAAACCUUGCCGGUACGAAGUGCAGAAUGGUUUAAAGUGGCCAGUCAGAAAGUGUUGAUCAUCAACCAGCAUAUAGUGGCGCUGAGAACACAUGAACACUUCAAAGUGAGGAAGGAACUCGCUAUUUACUUCGCCAGGAUGCUGGUUGAAUGUGACGUUGCAAUGGUAACAUCAAUUCCCUUAGCCCUGGACACACUCAUACUGUUGGCCAAAGACGAGUACCCCGAGGUGGCAGAAUACUGCAGCAGCGCCCUCUCUGCAUAUUUCGAAAAUGCUUCAGAAGAAACGCGAUCUAAGACGCUAGACUCGCUCUGCAAGAACUUCUUUACUGCCAUCAAUAGCCUGCCCAGGGUUAUGAAUAAUAUUGAUUCAAGUCGCAAGCUAUCUAGUUUGAACCUAGUGCACGGGUACGUGAGUGCGCUGGGCGCGGGCCCGGGCCAGCGCCUGACGGCGGCGCUGAGUGCGCGCGACAACGUGCAGGCUGUCUGCGUCGCGCUACUGCAGUGCGUCGCCAUACAUGCUGACCUUACCAUGCUCACUCAACAUGCUGUUAGAGAUGUAAUCUCACCACCUCCGAUGGGUUCCCCGUGGUGCAAACUAAGACAUUUAGACGACGAACUAUGCGAGCGUCGAGUGCAGGAGAUCCUGAGCUUGCUAGGCGAGGCAGAAUGUGCCUCUCUGCUAUUAGACCAACUGUUCGAGCUGUUUGAGUUGGACAGGAGUGCGGAGGUCGUGUAUAUUUGUAACUGGAUGGCUGCAGCACCAAAUUCAUCAGAGGAUUUCGUAAAGCGUAUUCUAAAUACGUACAUAGAGGAAGAUGUUUGGUACUUACCACUCGAGGUGGGUACAUCGGAGCCCGCACUCAACGCGGAGGACACGCUGGAUGUCAGCGUGUACAACCCGAGGUCUUGGGACAAGGAUUAUGUGCCUGAUUUAUACGAAGGCGCAAUAGAAACUCGUUACACAGACAUUAGUUACCGCGCGGCGCGUCCCAAGCCUUACACAGACCCCAACAAAUGCGCCACACUGGGCGACGCACAACGUAACAUGUUACUGUCCUGCCUACUCACCGAGGGUGUCGGCGUGAUUGCACGACGUCUCAUGCACAAAUACCAACCGUUCUUAUUGAAGACCUUGUGCUUGGUACUCGAGAGAGUUGGCAGUAAGUAUGAGAUGCUGCAUCUAGCUGGACUGAAGGCAAUACACGGUAUUGCGGAAGCAUGCGGCCAUUCGACCGUGGCAGAACUUAUCAAACACAAUGCUGAUUACUUCACUAACCAGGUCACUGUUAGGCUAAAGAAGGCUUGGAACUGUCAAUCAGCUUUACAAAUACUGUCAGUUGUAAUGGAAUACAGCGACUCCAGUAUACUGAACUAUCUCUAUGGUAUUGUUGAAGACGUCCUCGUCCAAAGUUGUGAUAAAUAUUACGAAAACGAUCUUCAAGCGUACUUACAAGUUUUUCUAACAUUCGUCGAAUGUAUUCGCAAGUGGUAUGAGAUACCCGACAUCGAGCCCAAGGCAGCUGAGCAGAACAGAGAAAUAAACAUUUUGAAUGAUCUAUUAGUCUUUAUAGAAAAUAGAGAGAUUGAACAACAGGCCCUCAAUGACCAGGAGUUUGAGAAUAGACCUGGUAGGAGUGCGGAGGAGAUGUAUAGAGAAGAUAUGAGGCGAAGAGAAGAAGAGAUGUUGGAUUAUGAUGAUACUGUUACUGGAGAGAAGCCCCCUCUACCACAACACAUAACAGUAACAGUCACAAUACUCAAGCGUUGCCUCAACUACGUGACGUCAUCCCAGCGUGACAACUCAAUACUGGCGUUACAAGUCCUAACUCGUGGCCUACCAAUAUUGAGGAAGUAUGAUGACGAGCUCCUACCUCUAGUGCAUAAAUCCUGGGGCCCGCUAGUUUCCAGAUUUGAUAAAGAACCUGCGAUCAUGAAGAGGGCAUUUGAUUUGCUUGUUACUAUGGCUGCGUUAGCCCGUGAUUUUAUUAGGGGUCGAGCUAUCAGGGACGUCCUACCGCACAUAUACAGUUUUUUGGAUAAAUCAUCAAAGGAAAGUUACCUAAAAGACAUAGGCUCUGCCUACCGCAACAGUCAGGCGUACAAUCUACAACUCACUGCGUUGGGCGCUCUACCACACCUUACGACUGAUCUCAUGCUGGAAGACGAGUCCUUGGAGAAUGCCAUGACGUGUGUGCAGCCGUACUUAUCUAAAAAACAACCUAAGGCGCUACAGGCAUUAGCGGUGGAGUUCUUCAAAAGACUGCUAGAUUACAACCACGGCGCAACCUGGUACCAUCUGAGAACUCUGUGCAACAACACCCAACUGCUAGAACCGCCCACGCGGGAGUACGUACAUUUAUUCAACAUAGUAGGCUCCCCUUACAUCGCUACGGAUAAGGAUUAUCAAAGUAAUAUUAAGUUAAUUUUUGAAAAAAAGGAAUCGUAA